AUGGCCGACGCCCAACUCUACGAAGAAUCCUUCGUCACCACCACCGCCCUGACGCAAACCUACGACCGCGUCGACCGCAUCUCCGCAACCUCACUCGACGGCAGCACAAAAAUCACCCUCGACGUAAACAGCGAACUCUACCCGAUCCACAGCGGCGAGAACUUCACCGUCCUAGUCGCGUCGACGCUGAACCUAGAUGGCACGAAGGACGAGGCGAAUCAGGGAUGGAGGGGCAAAGUGAACGAGCCGACGCUGGCGGAUAUGUGGGAUUAUGUGACGUAUGGCAAGGUGUAUCGCGUGGAGGAUGAGGGGGAUGGGGAGAAGAUUAAAGUGUAUGUGUCUUUUGGGGGCUUGUUGUGCAUGCUCGACGGGCCUUACAAGAAGCUCAGUCCGCUGAAGAUUGAGUACGUCUACAUGCUGCUUAAGAACUAG